UCAGCACGGAGCGAUGAGUGAUGUUGCCUCACUAAAACCUGGGGGUCUCGUGAUUGGGAGGCUUCUGCUCUCCUUUUCCUUAGCUUUACACCAGCCUCACACUCCUUUUCCUACUUUUACAUUCCCGUGUUCAUGGCGCUGAACCCCGAAGACAACCCGGUAGUGCUGGCAACGGCCGGCUACGACCACACAAUUCGCAUGUGGGAUGCGCUGAAGAGCACAUGCAUUCGCACAAUCCCGUUCACAGACUCGCAGGUGAAUCGCAUGGCGCUCUCCUCCGACAAGCACUACCUGGCGGUGGCAGGCAAUCCGCGGGUCAGCCUGUACGACGUAUUCGGGACGUCUGAGUCGCCGGUGAUGAGCCUGGAGGGCCACAAGGCCAAUGUCACGGCGGUGGAGUUUUCACAGGACUACAAGUACCUGGCGACAGCCAGCGAAGACAAAACCAUCCGCUGGUGGGACGUGUACGCGGGGUCGUGCAAGCGCGUCCUGGAGAACAACGCGAUGGUCAAUGACGUGGCGGUGCAUCCGGACAUGCGCACGGACAUUCUGGUAUCGUGCGACCAAAAGGGCCUGGUCAGGGUCUGGGGAUGGCUGCGCCAGGAGGUGCUGGCGCAGGCGCAGCCGUCGGGCGACACGGCGAUGCGCUGCGUGGCCGUGUUUGUGUUCCGGCUCACUGUCGAGGGCAGCGCGCCCAGGCAGGUGGAGCUGGAGCCGUAUAUCAACUUUGACGCGCACGAGGGCGCCAGGAUCACAAAGAUAGCCUUUAGCGCGAGCGGCGCGCUUUUGGCCACGGCGUCGUCGGACCGCACGGCCAGGCUGUGGCAACUGGCGGAGCGCGUGGUGCAGGCGCCCGAUGGCUCCGAGGCGGUGGUGGCCGGGGCCGAGCUCAUCAAUACGCUGGCGUACCACCAGCGGUGGGUCUGGGACGUCGCCUUCUCCAGCGACUCCGGCUACCUGGUCACCGUGUCCACCGACACCAAGGCCGCACUGUGGGAUGUGGCCAGCGGCGAGAUCAUCCGCGAAUUCAAGGGCCACCAGAAGGGCGUGGUGUGCGUGGCACUGAACGAUGCCACAUAGAACUCUCCCUUGCAGCACAUGCUUUUUUCUGUGAAUAAAAGAAACUGAUGGAUUCUCGCAA